CCCGUAGGACAGACGGUUGGUGGCGCGUGCGGCGGAGGCUGCUAACAUGACUUUGCUCUGUCAAAUAAGUUGGAAAUUUUAUCGGGAAAGAAUAAAGCAGACUUAGACGUCUGUUUAAAAGAAAUGAAGUGCUGACAAAUAUUCAGCUUCGACAGGGAACACCACAAAAGGAUGUUGUUAUAAAACCUGAUGCACCAAGCACAUUGUUUUUGGAGAAACAUGCAGAUUACAUAGCUUCUUAUGGUGCAAAGAAAGACGAUUAUGUCUCCCAACAAGAUGGUCUCAAUUACGUUUUAAAGUGUGGUGCCUCUGACUGAAACCUGCCUUCUCUUAUACCAUGUGUAUGGUCUCGCUCUCCUGCUCACCUGUAGCAAGAAAAUACAUAAAUUACUAUGGAAUAUUACAAUACAAUAUGAAAAAUCAUAGGAGUACUGUAUGUCGGAAUAUUUGAGGAUGAGUGGUGUCUACUGGGGACUGACCGUAAUGGAUCUCAUGGGACAGCUGCAACGAAUGACCAAAGAAGAAAUUCUAGCAUUCAUCAAAUCAUGUCAACAUGAGUGCGGUGGAAUAAGUGCCAGUAUAGGUCACGAUCCUCACCUUUUAUAUACCCUUAGUGCUGUCCAGAUUCUUACCUUAUAUGAUAGUCUCCAUGUUGUUGAUGUAAAUAAAAUUGUUGACUACGUAAAGAGCCUGCAAAAAGAAGAUGGAUCAUUUGCUGGAGACAAAUGGGGAGAAAUAGAUACAAGAUUCUCUUUCUGUGCUGCAGCAACACUAGCUCUUUUGGGGAAGCUAGAUGUCAUUGAUGUGGAAAAAGCAGUCGAAUUUGUUUUGUCCUGUAUGAACUUUGAUGGAGGAUUUGGUUGUAGACCAGGUUCUGAAUCGCAUGCAGGGCAGAUCUAUUGUUGCACAGGAUUUCUGGCUAUAACAGGCCAGUUGCACCAAAUAAAUGCUGACUUGCUGGGCUGGUGGCUUUGUGAACGUCAGUUACCCUCUGGGGGUCUCAAUGGAAGGCCAGAGAAGUUACCAGAUGUAUGUUAUUCAUGGUGGGUGUUAGCAUCCCUGAAGAUAAUUGGUAGACUACAUUGGAUUGACAGAGAGAAAUUGCGCUGCUUUAUCUUGGCUUGCCAGGAUGAGGAGACUGGAGGAUUUGCAGACAGACCAGGAGAUAUGGUGGAUCCUUUUCACACCUUAUUUGGAAUUGCUGGUCUAUCAUUGUUAGGAGACGAACAAAUUAAGCCUGUCAGUCCUGUUUUUUGUAUGCCUGAAGACAUCCUUCAAAGAAUAAAUGUACAGCCUGAACUUGUGAGCUAGACUUUACAGAAGCAAAAGGAUGCUAUGGUCAGCUGCUUUGAUUUUGUUGGUUGAAACUCAUCUGAAACAUACUUGCAUAUAUUUUUCAUUUUAAUGUGUUUACAUCAGUACAGUAAAAUUAUCACUGUACAGUAAACCUUGUCACUUUGUCUGUGGAUUGUGUCAAAAUGGAUUGUUUAAAUAAAUUAUGUGGAUGUUACAUGUAUUGCAGGUUCUGUAACAGAUGAAAAACAUUUUUAUCUGCAUCUAAAUAUGUGGGCCUGUGGGCUCUGUUUGUACACUAACUCAAAACAACAGCGUAUUAGUCACAGUAAUAGAGUACUUGAAUGACUUGAUAUUUUUUUUGUAUUUCCUACAACAUCAAUCAUAAAACAUUUGUCUUGAUAAUAUAAGCAUAUAUUGACAGUGAAUUGCCCUGAGCACUGUAUUUAAGAGAAGCAGAGAAAAGAUACUUGUAGUUAGAACACUUUGAUGUUAGUGGACACUUGUGCAUUUAAAACAUCCUGUUUAGGAUAUACCAUCAUUUUUAUCCAAUACUGAAACACACAAGUUUUCUUCUCAUAGCAAUUGAUAAGUGUAAAGGUUUUUGUUCUCAGCAAAUACAGUUGUUACCUACCAGUAAAGUCCUUUAUUAAAGAAAAUAUUUUUACUCAUGGAAAUACAAUAUAAUUUGUGUUGAGUGUAGAUUGAGACUUGCAGGUAAUAAGCAUUCUACAGAUCACCUCUCUACAGUAGUAUGACUUGCCAAAUGUGCUGCUAAUUGAAAAUUUGUCAUUGGUUUGAAUUACUACUUCAUUAGCACUUGAGAAAAUAGUUGCGAAAGAAAUAAUAUCAAAAAUAAAAGUAGCUAUGAAAAAUAUUUUCUGAAGGAUGAAAUGGUUUUGUCUUCAUUGGAGUGCUUAAAGUGCCUCUACUUUACAUCCCAUAGCAUUGUGUGUUUGCAUCUGGCCACCAUGUUCUGACUGAGAAGGACUAAGAAAUUCCAGUUGGACCAUAUUAAAGGUAAUUGUGAAGGAAAAAAUAGCCUUUAACAGUCCCCAGCUUAUUUAUAGUUUAAAGAUGUCCUACAAGAUUUUUCAAAAUAGUUCUCCAUUUUUUAAUAGAAUGGUCAAUGCAGAGCACUAGUCCUUAUUUCAAUUGGCUUAUUUUAAGGUUAUUUUUCUUUAAAAGCCUUUUUGCCAGUCAAACUAUUUUUUUCUAAAUUAACGGGUGGUUCUUUUAGAUGAGAAAAUAUAUUUAAACAAUGACUAAUUAGAAUACUAGUUUGCUUUUGUAUACCUUUUCUUGCCAGUAGUCUUGUCUUCCACUUUAAUUACAAUAUUAUAUAGAAUUUUUGGAAAGAUUCUGGUACUGUAUAUUGUAGUCAAUCCAGCAAUGUGUAUCACUACACACAUGCAUUUAUCUGUAAAUUGAAUGAGAGAUAAUCUUCCAUCAAUAAAGCAUCCAGUGAAGAAAAUUAGUUGUCCUUUAUAACAUGUGGAAGUUGAAGUACUUAGUUUCAGUGCAGAGUGCAUUGGUAUCAUUAACUACCUCAUUUUAUCUUGUUAAAUGUUAAGAUUUUCAGCUCACUUUGUGGAAUUACAGUAAGAUAUUAGCACUGUCUUUGGUGACAGCUUGUCUUUGCAUGUAGAGAUCCUUUAUUAAAUGUUUUCACACA